AUGUGCUCAAGCAGUGAGCUAAAAUAUGUCGAAUAUGGUUAUCGAAGGCACUUCGCGAAGCAGCGAUCCUAUGGACGCGAGCACUGCAGGAACUUCAAAUGUAGGAAACGCGGUAGCUGCAACGACAACAGCGAACGAUUCCAUAACUGUGGAGGCACAACAGCCUACCCGGGUCUUUCGGCUAAUGCCCACUGUGUGUCCGAUGUAGUCUUCGAACACUGUUCGAGUGCCCAUUCACUUUUUCAACCGGCGGACAAUGCGAAUCAGUGCAUGAUGCCCACUCCACCAACACGUGUCUUCCGUUGGUUGUCAGCAAGCCGAACGACAUUGUUGGAUUUCACUUACUUCGUCAUGCUGGUUGAUGCAUGUCAAUCGGGUCAAGGUAUGACUAUGGCAGCUGAUGUGAAGCCAAGUACAAGUAACGCUGCAAACACCUUACAAAGUGCCAUCGAUCGACGACCACUUUCCAGCAAAGGUCAGCCUGUUUUGAUUAGCGCUGAAACUGGUGAAGCUGUUGAUGAUGUUGCCGUGGAGUCAAGCUAUUCACUGGAAAACAGUAGCCUAGACAGGACUUGUACACUUCACACAGUGGGCAGCGCUAUAAAAGGGACGACAGUUGGAACGAUGCCUGCUGACUCUUCCAAUUUUGCCGUCGACUUACAUCGUCUUGAAACAGUGAUGGAUGGAUGCGAUAUGUGUGGUACACAAAAUGUUAUUAAUAAUUCUCAGCAGCACUAUGAUUCGACGGCACUUUAUGCCGACCGAAAAGCACCAGUGGAUGCCUCGGAGACAUCGUCGAUUUCUUCCGGGACUGAAGGACUGGUAAUAGACACCAGGUCGAACAGUCCAACGGGUCCAGAUGUGAACCAGGACACCUCCAAUUUGCUAGCAGUUUCUGAUGGCAAAAAGUCACCUCAACGUUCUUCUAAUUGCUGCCCUGCACUGGGAAUUUAUCGUGAGAACUUGAACGAACUUGUUGCCGUAAAUCCGAUCACAGCAAGCAACGAUCGCACAUUAGAGAGGAAAAACAAGCACCACCAUCAUCAUCGUCAUCAGGCAACAUCGUCGGAUUCUGUGAAAAGCACCAAAUUGACCGAACAUUCGCAUAACCCAGAAAAUGGUUCAAAUCUUUCCGAUAUAAAUGCUUUGCUUGCCUCCGGCAAUGCUGCUCUUUUAAGCGCCGCUGUGAACAGUUUCCUGUUGGCCAGUGCAGGUAAUUCAGUGCUUUAA